CCUCCCGAGAGCAGUUUUUCUUCAAGCCCCGUCACAGCAUCAGUACCCCCUGCCACUCCCCCUCCCAGCCGAGCGAGUGGAGGUCGAAGCGGCCGGCGUGGCAGCCUGCACCGACCGCACUGCCGUCAAGCUAGCUCGUAGUUUUCCGACCAAUAUACGCAAAGCCCCUGUGGAUUAAACGGUGUCAGAAGCAAACGAAGAUGCCGUCAUAAAUUGUCAUAAAGAAAGGGCCGAGGGAAACUUGGCUGCUCUGUGGUCCAACCUUGACGCCUGUCUCGGCACCCUGUAAACAUGGCGACGGGCGUUUGCUGCCACCAGUGCGACUGUGCAAGAGACACGGACGUUAGGACGAGCGUGGCGGAAGAAGGAGGCAGCGAUGGCGGAGAUGAGGGCGGGUGCCCGGAGCUCCGUGUCACGCAGAUCACGGCCAUUGACGGACACCUGCCGUCCUCCGUGUGGAAAACCCUGCAAAGCGAUCUUCCCAUUUGCCGCAUCUGCCACGAGGGCGGCUGCGUGGAAGGCCUGCUGUCCCCGUGCAACUGCACGGGCACGCUGGCCACGGUGCACAGGAGCUGCCUGGAGCUCUGGCUGUCGUCCUCCAACACCAGCUACUGUGAGCUGUGCCACGCCCACUUCAGCAUCCAACGCAGACUCAGGCCAUUCACAGAGUGGCUGCACGAUCCCGGCGCACACGAGGAAAGGAAGUUGGUGUUCUGCGACAUCGUGUGCUUCCUGUUCGUCACGCCGCUGGCCACCAUUUCGGGCUGGUUGUGUCUGAAGGGCGUCUCGGACGACCUUCACAUUGGCAGCUUGCUGCAGAAUACGGGCCUCAUCUCGCUCACCCUCGUCCUCUUCACCAUCUACAUCCUCUGGACCAUGGUGUGCCUCCGCUACCACUGUAAGAUGUACUCUGAGUGGAGAAGAAAGGACCAGCAAGUACAUCUACUCAUCCCCAAAGCGAGGGAAGCCGCCUCUUCCCAGCAUGCCUUGCACUCUGCCAUAACCCCCAACAUGCCCUCGAAUGAAAGCUUAGUAUGAGAGCCGAAGGGAGGAUGCACUUCCCCACCCCCUUCCCUUUUUUUUUUAAACAUUGUUUUAGCACUCUUGCAAAGUUGACUUUGACAUGGAAAGAGUGACAUCAUUGCGGAGGAUGACAUCACAAGUGGAGGCCAUGCAAAAAUACAACACUGUGGACGGGCAAAGCAGUUGGACAGAGACAUUGGAUACUAAGUGCUGAUUGAGGAUUGUGAACCCUCCACACGUGGUCACUGGUUGUUGGAAAAAAAGCAUUGACACAAACUGAUUAAACAUACAUCACAAAAAAAAACCCAAAAAAACAGCUAAUUCAACAUGUGCCCAUUCGUCCUCGCAGAUCGCCAGUUGAGAGAGGUUGGAGCGAGAUUGGCAGGACGUUGUCUGUGGCAAUCCACAACACAAAUUCUUUUUUUCUGAAGUCUUUAGUUUUGUCAAAAUGUCAAACUCAAGGCCCGGGGCCAGAUCCGGCCCGACACAUCAUUUUAUGUGGGCCGCUAAAAGCAAAUCAUGUGUCUACUUCAUGUUACUUGCUGAAAUCGAAUAUUUGAGAGCUUUGCCAUACGUAGACUGUUUAUGCUGGUGAAAAUGUAUGUUUUGUGUUUGAAUUCAGUGCCCGAAGCAAGUUUACCUCCAAAAAUAUGAAAUUUGGUAGGCGUGUCUAUCAUAAGUACACGCACUAAAAAAGUCUCAGGAAGCCAGGCCCGAAAACACAGGAAGUCUGCCAUUUUGCUUUAAAGCGGGCAUUUCCAGGUGUCCAGUGUAGAUUUUGUCAGAUUUCUACCCAAUCUGAACCUCAUAUACGAGACAGAUGGACAAUGCUAAAUUGUGAGGUAUUUGAGUGUUUUUGUUUUUGUGGCAACUGAGCGUGGGAGCAAAAUUUAAUGACUUCUCCAAACAAAAAAUGACACUUUGAGGAGAUGCGCCGAACCCCGUUUUGGAGGAGUGUUCAUCCUAACAUCCUCGGUUUUUAGGCCUCCAAGCCAGUGGGAAUGUUGAUCUUGAGUAGAACCAUUAAGUCUACCACUUUACUUUAAGGCAGCCAUUUUAGGGUCAUUUUGGCUUUUUCAAGGGGUCCAACUUGUCCUGGAGAAGAAAAAAAAAAUCGUGUUCAAGAUCAGAAUUCUGCACAGAUUGUCUUGACAUAACACCAUUUGGGAGACGGUUGAUUAGUAUUUUAUGUAUUAUCAAAUUGUUGUUUUUUUACUAAGCUGAAAGCAUAGUAAUGGGACCCCUGACAACAGCCGUAAACAUGUUAUUGUAACAACAGCACUUUUGUUUCGAGCGCCGUAUUAUUUGCCAUGCUUGCACUUCAUUUAGUAAAGCGUGUUAGAUUGGAUUAUUUAUUUGAAUUAAUGAUUGUUGAGUUGUGGCUGUGUGGUUGUAUUCAUAUUGAUGAUUCUUAUUAAAAAUGCACAAAAAAACCUA